UGUUGCGAUAAAGGCAGUGUGCUGCUGUGUUCGCUUGUUGGGCACGAAGAUAGAUACACUAAACAUACACCGACGAGGGUUGGAAUGACAACCAGCUACUUCUUUUAACCUACAUGUUGUAGUAAGAAAACAAAAAUGUCAUUCUCUAAACCCUCAAACGGUAAAAGCUUAGAUCUGCUUCUCAUUGGGAAAACCGGAAAUGGUAAAAGCGCAACAGGAAACACAAUCUUGGGGAGGAAAUGCUUCAAAAGUAGCCCCAGUUUUACCUCCGUGACGAAACAGGCACAGGUGGAUUACUCUCAGAGGAACGGCUACACCCUUAAAGUGGUGGACGGGCCAGGAAUCGGCGACACUGACCUGUCCAAGGAGGACGCUCUGAUGCUGGUCAUCGACGCGAUGAACAACGCCAUUGCUGCAAGUCCUGAAGGCUACCACGCUUUUCUUCUGGUCGUUAAGUUUGGUGGAAGGUUCACUGAUGAAGACGUGCAGACGAUACAUUUACUGAAACAUGUUUUUGGUGAACAUUUUGUAUCGAAACAUUGCAUUUUAGUUGUAACAGGGGGAGAUAAUUACAGCCCAGAUGAGACGGGGGUGGAGUCUUUUUACGAGUGGUGCCUUCAACAAGAGGGUACGUUUAGAACCUUGGUUGAGGAGUGCGGAAAACGGGUGAUUUUGUUUGAUAACAGGACGAAGGACCAAGAGAAAAUGGACAGCCAGGUGGAACAGUUGAUUACAAUGGUCAACUCAAUUAGUCAUUUAGGUCUAAGAUACACUGAUGAUCAUUUCAAGGCCGCUCAGCAUCAGAGGGAGAUUAUCAUGGUGGAGGCGAGGAAACCCAUGGUAGAGGAAGAGAGCAUGAAAGAGGCGAGUCUGAUCAUCCAGCUGCUGGGGAAGAUACAGCUGGACGACCUACAGAAACAGCUGCAGCUGUUGCGUAGUCUUCAGUCGCGUGCUGAGACGCUGCUAGACAGGAUACGUGAGCAGGAUAGAGGAACCGGGGCUCUAAGAGAGAUCAUCAAGAACGUGAGCAACAUCCGCACGUGCGUGGAGGAGCAGAUCCGCAGUACGGAGUUUGCCGCGGAGAUGAAGGCAUCACGGGAAGAGCAUAAGCGUCAACUGCAGCAGAUGAGGCUGGAGAAGGAACGCAAGCAGCAGGAGCUGGACCUUCAGUACAGGCAGGAGAUAGAGCACAAGAUCGCUCAGAUGGAGGAGGAAGACAGGGUAGCUCAGGCCAAGAUGGAAGAAAUACUCAACAAGAUGAAACAGGAGACGGAAGUUGUGCAGCAGGAAUAUAUCGAAACUAAGGACAAUGCUAUGUGGGAGACGUUUAAGUCUGUAGGUUCGAUGAUUCUCACAUCCGCUGUUCCUGCGCUAAUUAAACUCCUCGGCAAGGUUGUUUUGAAACGGUAAAUGGGUACUUUAGCUACGUUAACAUAAUGGCAUACAAGCGAAAAUCCUCGAAUUCUAUGCUCAGAAGUGGGGAAAAUAUUUGACCCAUAUAAAACAGAAAAUUUUAAUCUGAUGAAGUGCUUGCAAUUUGUCACGCUAUAUACAGAUUCAAAUUUAAGCCCGAUAUUUUAAUGUGAAACUUAAAUAUGUGAAAAUUGAUGUCACAUUAUAAUGGCAUUCUGUGAAACUAUGUCAAUUUAAUUGUAUUAUGUGAAAACUGAUAUCACUUUAAUGUUACAUUUAAUGGCGUUAAAUGUCAGAUUCUAAUGGCAUUAUAUGAAACAAAAUAUCACUUUUUAAUUGUCUUGAACAUGAAAUAAAGAUCCCUGAUAUAUUUUUCCAAUAUAUCCGCAAAGAUAUUGGAUAACGUUUUUCUCAAAGUUGUACCAUUGCAUUUAAUAUUAAUAUACAAUGUAGUUUUUCCUCAUUUAGCAUCUGAUGUUAACAAAAGCAGGACAAAUCUUCGUCACUUAUCUCAGAGGCGU